CAGUCUGCUAUAUCUGUGAUCUACAAUGAAUGCCAAAUCUGCAAUCAGCAAAGAAAUUUUUGCCCCACAUGAUGAAAGGAUGCUGGGAGCUGUCCAAGUUAAAAGAAGAACAAAAAAAAAGAUUCCUUUCCUAGCUACCGGAGGUCAGGGUGAAUAUUUAACUUACAUCUGCCUGUCAGUGACAAACAAGAAACCAGCUCAAGCGUCUAUUACGAAGGUGAAGCAAUUUGAAGGCUCUACGUCUUUUGUCAGGAGAACGCAGUGGAUGCUUGAGCAGCUUCGCCAGGUCAAUGGUAUAGACCCUAAUCGGGACUCCCCAGAAUUUGAUUUACUGUUUGAAAAUGCUUUUGACCAAUGGGUAGCAAGCACAGCUUCAGAAAAAUGCACAUUCUUUCAGGUUUUACAUCACACUUGUCAGCGAUACCUUACAGAUAAGAAGCCAGAAUUUAUCAACUGCCAAUCUAAAAUUACGGCAGGUAAGUCAAUCGCAGCUGGAGUACUUUGUGCAGUUGGACAUGAA